UGCUAUUUAUACCCAUGUGCAAGCCUCAAGUAGAACCUACAAAGCCACUCUUUAACUUCUUCUUCUUCUUCUUCUUCUUCUUCUGUUCUACAUGUUAUCAAUGGCUCAAUCAGUUAGCUUCAUGGCCAAGACCUUCCUCUUAAUGCCCACUCCCAAACCCUAUCAUCUCAGAAACAUUUUUAUAUGUGCUAAAGCGAGCCAAAACGUUGUCAGUAAUCCGGUGCCCGUUAUAAAUCCAGGUAGCGGUCCACAAACCAACAACACUGUAAACAGUAACUCGGAUGCUGGAGGAGAUAAAAGUGGAAAAACUCAAGGAGACGAUUUGAAAAUAGUGAAGAGUGACAAGGGCAAGGUUCAGUGACAAAAUUUGUUAGUGAUCACGGUUGUGGCAGUCCUGUUGAUGUAAUAUAAUGGUCAUCAGGUUGUAAUGGUUUAGUGUUGUGACUGUGUUAUAUUUUUCUAGUCGUCUUUUUAUUUUUUUCCUCCUGUUUUUUUUUUUUUAAUAAGUUUGUCUAUCUAUCGCUUCCAAUUGUAAGAUUUGUUACAUAAACAUAUAUUAAUGUUUGUGAUUAUUGCACCUUCUUAUGUACGCAGGGGAGUUUUCCCUGCAGUAAAAAAUGUCAUGCAUGAACUCGUAUUUUAUUCCCUCCUUUGGGCUAGAGCAAUGAUCUCAUAUUUUAUAUUUCCGUUUGAAAAAAAAAAAUUCCCGUAUUUUCUUUUCCGGGUGGAAAAUAGCCGGCAGGGCUUUCGCUCCACCUAAUGUAACAAAGUCCCAGAAACAGAAACUGAUGAGCCUAACCAAAAGAAAAGAAAAAUUAGUGAAAAGUAGUCGAUUUCUAAAAGAAAAGGGAAACCGGUGGAUGGCUUGGAUCGUUUGUGGAGAUCCCGUGGUGGGCUUUACGGAUCGGUCUAUGCACAACAGUGCUACGUGCACAUAUCAUGCACAUACAUUUUUGUGGGAUCCAUAUUGGGGUUCCACAAAAUGAUCCGAAUUGUUCAUCUUUUUAAAAAUAUUUUUUGAAAGACUCCUGUAAAAAAUCAAACUCUAACGGAUAUCAGCAAAAGGUUUUUCAGAAAUCAUAGGACCUAACAUUGAAACGAUUGGGCUGGGCUGGGCUGCACAGCGGCGCUUGUAUGAAACGACAACCCAAACAGAAAAAAGGGGAGAGAAAAAAAAAAAAACAAUGGAGAAAGAAGAGAAGGGAAAGAAGAAAGGGUUGGAGGGGAGUGGUCUGGAUUUGCCCUUAAACCGCCACGGUAAUCUCAUCAGUGCUUCCAGUGAUGAAAACCUCAAGGAUGUCUUUCACCAAAUCAGAACUUCCAAAAACCCUGCAGUAAUCAAUUAUGGUGCAUCUUGGUGUAGGGUUUGUGGCCAGAUCCUACCAGCAUUUUGCCAGUUAAGUAACAAGUUCCCAAAGCUCUCAUUUGUAUACGCUGAUAUUGAUGAAUGCCCGGAAACAACUCAGAAUAUACGUUAUACGCCUACUUUUCAUUUCUACCGAGAUGGUGAAAGGGUUGAUGAGAUGUUUGGUGGUGGAGAAGAGCGACUACAUGAUCGUCUGUGGUUGCACUCCUGAAGAUAUGUCCUGCUGUAAAGAUUCGGUUCAUGGGAUUAUGUAUAACUGUGUAGUGAUCAGUGUAUCUCCAAAUUCCUAUAUGCUUUUCUUAUCAGUAAGAGUUUUGCGCAACAAUUUCAAAAUUACAGUUCAGAGUUUCUUAA